AUGGCGGUUGCGGUUACAGCGGUGCUGUUUCUAGCGGUUGUGAUCGCUCCUCAGUGGACAGAGACAAAAAAACCACCACGACCGUCGGAUACAUCGGAUACAUCGGGUACAUCGGGUAGAGACAGACGUACAAUGUGCCCGUUAUCAAUCCCUGGAAUCGUCCAAAAUUGCUACGCAACGUUAAAUGCGUUUCCAUCAAAAGAAUGCUGCAAGGAUCUCAAAACGGCAAGCAAGAGAGAGGUGACUUGUCUCUGCAACAAUGUCAUUGCACAUCCAGAUCCUCUUUACACCAACACCAACCAAGUCAACAAGGCAUGUGGCGUUCUUGACAAAUACGCAUGCGACGGUACUUUUUCUUUGGUUUUCCUUUUGGAUCUUUUGUGGUUUAUCAGAAGUUAUAGUUUUAAUCUUGUGAUUGAUUUUUGCAUGUUGUUAUGUAGUUGCACCUACUUUUACUAUUGUUUACACUAA